UCCGCGUGGACUAAGGUGACACAGCCGCCUCCGUGUUUACUCGGUGGGAAGGAAAUAGGCAGCGCGCGGACAGUUGUCAUUAUAAAAGCUGCGCGUCUGAGAUUCUACUCACUGAUAGCGGAUGCCGCCCGAGUAGGAGCGCAGCCGGAGGUUGAAGCGACUGAUCUGCACGUUAAGGAUGGAGAGUGAAGGUGACGGCGCCCUCCGGUCUCGCUGCCCAGCCUCCCCUAAGACGCCCGCCUCGAGUGACGCAGCCCGGGGGAACGGGGGUUGUGGUCCAGGGGAGACCUGGACAGACAACACAGACAAUCACGUUACUGCCAAUGGAAAAACUGACGUGGAACGUGUGAUCAGCAAAAAGCUACAACUGAAAAGAAAAGCAGAGUUCCUGAAGGGCGACCUAAUGCGUCAGCUUGACGGUCAGGUCAAUGACUUCAUGGACAGCCUUAUUGAGGAGUCGGCCAGCCUAGAGCCUGCACAUGUAGCUGCUGUCCUCUCACCUUCAAUGUCAGACAAGGAGAAAAGUAAACUCAGGCAUCUUCAGCCUCCUCAUGGUCAAGGGAAGGUUUUUGUCAGUCGCAGGUCUCUCUUGGAUGACCUUUUUGAGGUGAAUCACUUCAGGACAAUCUACCACAUGUUCAUUGCGUUGCUCAUUAUUUUUAUCCUCAGCACAUUUGUGGUAGAUUUCAUUGAUGAAGGCAGGUUGGUGCUGGACUUCGACCUGCUGGUAUUUGCGUUUGGACAGUUCCCCCUGGUGGUGUGCACAUGGAUGUGCAUGUUUCUGUCUGUGUUGCUGAUUCCUUACACCUUGUUCCACCUGUGGUCACAUACCCUGUCUGUAUCGUGCAGUCACCCCAAAGUUUGCAAUUUGCUGUUUGGCUCUGCUUUUGUGAUCUACCUAACUCUGGGUCUGGGAUUCCUGCCUCCAUAUGUGGCUGUGACCAACAGUUUGCCCCCUGCAUCUUGCUUCAUUGUCAUAAUGGAACAGGUGCGUCUAAUGAUGAAAGCUUACUCCUUUGUCAGAGAGAAUGUACCGAGGGUUUUGGCCUGGUCUAAAGACAAAACAAGUUCUGGCCCUGUGGUCCCUCAGGUUUCUCAAUAUCUCUACUUCCUGUUUGCUCCCACACUAAUCUACAGAGACAACUAUCCAAGGAACCCAGUGAUCCGGUGGGGGUAUGUGGCUACAAAUUUGCUUCAGGUACUGGGCUGUCUGUUCUACGCCUAUUACGUGUUUGUGCGUCUGUGCAUCCCUCAGUUCCACAGUAUCAGUGGGCAGCUCUUUGACCUGAAGGCCAUGGUGCUUUGUGUCUUUAACUCAAUGCUACCAGGAGUGUUGGUUCUCCUCCUGGGAUUCUUUACCCUCCUCCACUGUUGGCUCAAUGCAUUCGCUGAGAUGCUUCGCUUUGCUGAUAGGAUGUUUUACAAGGAUUGGUGGAAUUCAACAUCUUUUGCCAAUUACUACCGUACUUGGAAUGUGGUGGUCCAUGACUGGCUGUACUACUAUGUGUACCGGGACUUUCUGUGGAUGACUGGGAAACGCUUCAAACCCGGUGCCAUGCUGUUUGUAUUUACGGUGUCUGCAGUGGUUCAUGAAUACAUUCUAGCAGUUGGCUUUGGCUUCUUCUAUCCAGUGCUUUUCUGCCUCUUCAUGUGCUUUGGAAUGAUGUUCAACUUCAUUCUGCAUGACCGAAGGAAAGGCCCCAUCUGGAACAUUAUUAUGUGGGCAUCCCUCUUCCUGGGGCAGGGGGUCCUCAUCUGUUUGUACUCACAAGAGUGGUAUGCCCAGCGCUACUGCCCACUGAAGGAGCCUACAUUUCUAGACCUACUGAAGCCUCGGUCCUGGAGCUGUCAGACGUUUGAUGGUGGACUGAUGGAACCUACGCACUGACCGCUGACAAGGACCACUACUGAUCAGUAUACUGUAAAUGCAGCCAACCGUUCUGUUACCUUGUUUUUUUUUUGUUUGUUUUAGUUUUUUUCUUUAGCUGAACGAAGGUUAUGAAUGAUUCUGUCAAUCAAUGUUAGUAAUAAGAAAAAUGUUUAAGACACAAUAAUUGUUUUCAAAGGCAUCCCCACUACAAUACAACAGGAUCAAAUGAGACCAGUUUAUUUUUAUGUACUAUUUAUUUUUCAAAUACCCAAUUAGGUUGCUUCAAACUACUGUGAAACCAAAAUGCUGAAUACAAACCUUAAACAAUACAGAUUAAUCAUCUUUAGAUGUGAAGGAAAGUUAGUAAGUGGUGGUUAAUUACAAUGUUGUUUCCAGCUGCUACUCUGUCAUAAAUGCUUUAAAAAAGUUUUACUGCUGAGUAUUUUGAAAAAUGCCAACUUUAUUCCUUUUUUUUUUUUUUGACAUGAUCCAUCAAAGCAUUCGUUGACUUUUGAUCUGUAAGGAGUUAAUGAUCAGUACCGCCAAUGCAAAGGAAAAAAGACAAGGCAUUUAAAAUAGUAGUGAAAACUUUUUCAUAUUAUUGUCACAGAGCUUUAAAACCUGAACUCCUUUAACAAUAUGAAGUCAAUAAUUCUAUAUAGAGUAAACAUAUUCUGUGACUGAUGAAUGUAUUACUGAAAAUCUAACUGAACUGGUUUCAAUGUGCACCUUAUAACAGUGACAAUUUAUUGUAAAUCUCAGUCAAGAAUUAUGUUUGUGUCGAGCCAAUUUUUAGUUGUUUACAAUGAUUUCAGCUGCACAGUGAAAUCACUACAUAACACAUUAUUGUACGACUGUUGUAGCUAGCUUAAUCUCAAACACAAUCUGUUUGAUACAGUAAUAAUUUAUGAUAAAGGGCUACACUUAAUACAUCACACCUAGUGCACUGGGUGACAGUGUUGUGAUUUAAUCAUAAAACUACACAUUGUAUUGCCAGCAAUAUUUGUGCCAAACUAAUGUUUACUGUAUUUGAUUAUUCAUUCAGUUCUUGUGAUGUAAUGUUUUGACAAUUGUAUUAUCUAGAGGUGUUUGUUUAAUCAAUCUUUGCACUGUUGAAGUUGCCAAUUUGUACAUGUUUGACUGCAGGGAGAUUGUCUUUACACUUGAAACUAACAAGAUGCACAAUAGGAAGUAAAAACCAGCAGUGAACUUAUAAACGUAACCACCGGGUGACGCUCUACUAAAA